UCGACGAGGUUACGAGUGUCCCGAGGAAAGAGAUUAUUAUCCUUACUGGCAUCCGACUGACUGGAUUGAUAUCGCAGUUUUGGGAGACCAAGCAGAUUGUGACUUUUACAAGUCACAGAGCUUCAACACCAAACCUAAGGAGGAGUGUAUGGAACCUUAUAACAAAAAAAAGGCUUACAAUGAAAAGACAAACAAAUGGCGUCAUGCCUCACAAUACAACAACAAAGCUGAUUGCGAAGCAAACAAUGGAAUAUGGGUGACAUUUCACAACUAUCUUGAAGAGACUGAUCUUAGUGAGGCACAGUGUACUGGUGAAGAGUACAUAUGGGCCAUUCCCUAUCGCUCUGAAAAAUUGGACCAGUUGAAAGGUACUGAUCCCGAGGAUUGGAAGAAAUGCUUGGUCGCGUUACCCAAACCAGAAUGUGGACCAGCCCCGUACUCACGUUCCAAUCACCUGGGUAACGGUGAGGGCGUGGUCGCUCUUAACUAUCCUUGGAAGAUACCCCGCUUCCCUUCAGGAGACGAACAGAAAUGUGUACUGAGAAUAAGGUACAAUAUCUCCACAAACGAUUACGACGUGAAAAAUACAUUCUCUGGUUCAAACGACGUCGACUCUGUCAUUGAAAACGACCCAGAAGUAGAGUAUGGAGCACCAGACAACAACAAGGUUCCCCUUCAGCUGGCCAUAAACACGGCUCAAUUCGGUCGAACAUUCCAGGAUCGCUCUCAUGUCUUUAAGAUCAUACCAAGAAAGCCGGAGUUCCAGGAUAAGCGAAUCCUGAAUCUGAAUGUGCGAGGGAAGAGAGGGAAUAUUGUCCAGGUUUACCCCGCCGUAGAAUACGACUUCACUCCAAAGAGGAUGUCGAUUACGACAAAUGAUUACCUCCAUGUCCAAUGGACAGGUUCCAACAGAAAUCCAAAAAACAAUGCUGGUGAAGGGCGCAAACAAACCGACCGUAGCAACAUUGUCGCAAUGCAAUCGCCUGACAAAAGCUUCCCGUAUUAUGGCGCCGAUUCAUUCGAAAAUGCCCAAGUUGUUUAUGCUCUGGACGGUACUCAAGGUAUGUCGUCAGCUGACGCUGCUGUUGCCUUGGCUACGGCGGGCCACUUCAAAAACGCGGCCAAUGUUCCCGCCAAUCUGAAUCAAUUGGGUGAAUGUAAUAGACAGCAACUAGCUCAACUGGACUGCUAUCCACCGUCCUACUCUGGGUUACUCCUGCGUUUCACGAAAGCCGGAACAUACUAUUACAUGAGUUCCCGUAACAACAACUUCACCAAUCGAAGUCAAAAGGGCAGGCUUACAGUCACCGAUUAGAAAAAAAUGACGUUACAUAAUUAUAUAAAAUGCUACGUCAAUUUGUGCAUGUUAGUUACGUUCAAACAGGGUUAAUAAGAUAUAUUUUGCCCUGCAGAUAGUUUGUUCAUGUGUUAGUUACGGUAUAUUAUAUGCCUAUAGCUGUAUAACCCUUCUAGAUCCUUGCGAUCUGUUUUAGCAGUCACUGACCACGUAAAAUAUUUUUCUUUGUGUAAUCUUCUUAACUUUGCCGUUUGUAAUUCUUUUAAUAUUCAAGGAUUUCUUAAUAAAAUUAUACCCAACA